CUGCCAGGAGUUGAAAACGAAAGAGUGUCAGGCUAUGUUUAAAAGGAGUAGACAAUAAAACGCGUGAACGUGAGGCGGAUAAUAAAAACGUGAGGAACCUGCCUCAGAUAGCAGUCUCGAGGAUGACCACGAAGGGACGGCGUUGGGAGGGGGAUGCGAAACGCAAAUCUGAGGGGGCAGCGGCAGCUUUAGGUGUCGGAGGGCGAGUGAAACAGGAGCCUAGUCGUCUCACAUUGAUCUAUUUCCGCACGCCAACCAGCAGCGCGGCCUGUGCGCGUAGCGCGGCCAAUUGGGGCUCCGAGGGCCCCGCUCGCGCCCUCCUUGGCGGACAGGGAUCAUGGCGACUCGUGGGCCGGGAGGCGUGUGCGCACUGGCCUGGCCCGCCGAUGCCCUCGCAUGCCCAUGGGCGGCCGUGGGAGGCCAUGCCAUUCCCUUUGCAUGCAUGCCGCGGCCUCCCAUGGGUCGACCUGCUGGAUGAUGAUGGAUGGAUGCACCGGGUGGGACCUGCUGGGACCUGCUGGGACCUGAGCGAUGGGUCCUGCUGGCCGCUGGCUGCUGUCUUGCGUCAGUCCUACCAGUCCUGUGAUCAUGAACACCCACCCGGAUACAUACGAAAGUACCCUUUGCUGCAAGCUAGCCCUCUGAUCUACAUGUACCAAACACGCGCCCUCCCUUUCCCCAUCCUCGGCAUGUGCCAGUCUGCUUGGACCGCCCACUCCAACUGCGGACUACUGCUGCAGGUACAUCACACCUGCACUCUUGCUCAAAUCGCGCUCGUCUGUGCGUCACAGCCAGUCGCAGUAGUAGGCUACCCAGCCUCGCUGCGACUGCUCUGCUCACCACUAUCUCCAUCCACGGCCGCUUUUCUGUCCAUCUCGUACCUACAUCCGCACCCACCCAACUACACCACAUACAGUCAGAUGCACACCAACACCACAAAUCGACCCUGCGGUCGUGGUUUGAUCUCCAUCUGAAACAGCACCCUGAGCCCGCCGCGCGGGAGCGCCCAUGGUCUUUUUUGCAAAUCUCUUCAUGUCCACGUUGCCCUGUCCAAAUGCUCUCCCCUCUACCUCUACCUCUGCCUAUCCCUAUCCCCAUCAUCCCCCGUCCAUGCACUCAAUUGAUCAGAUUGCCUCGUUGCCUCGAUGCACUUGGGCUCUUGUCGUCCAUACAAGCCCGGCACGCCGUCUGCCACAGCAUGCAAGCUCGCUGCUCGGCGUGACGCUUUGCCCGCUCGCCAGUCAAGUGUGGGAGC